CAGAAAGGGAGAAAGAGGAGGAAAACCGCAGGACGCGCGAUGGGUUCGGGGCUGCGAGUCUGAACGGAGUUGGGUGGCUGCGGGCGUCCUCUUUUCUUCCCCCCGAGAUGAACUCGCUGGAGCAGGCGGAAGACCUCAAGGCUUUUGAAAGGAGACUUACAGAAUACAUAGCUUGUCUGCAGCCGGCUACCGGGCGCUGGAGAAUAAUUCUUAUAGUGGUAUCUGUAUGCACGGCAACUGGGGCUUGGAACUGGCUAAUAGAUCCAGAAACGCAGAAGGUAUCGUUUUUCACAUCGCUGUGGAACCACCCAUUCUUCACAAUUAGCUGUAUUACCCUGAUAGGGUUAUUUUUUGCUGGGAUACAUAAGAGAGUGGUGGCGCCCUCGAUAAUAGCCGCUCGAUGUCGGACGGUCCUGGCAGAGUACAACAUGUCGUGUGAUGAUACGGGAAAGCUAAUACUGAAACCCCGCCUUCACGUCCAGUAGUCUUCCGUCAUCCUUUGACUCUGUCGUCAAAGGAACAGAAAGCAAGAGACUUUUCCAUCGUGGCCGUGAGGCCAAACGGGACUGCGUUGCGCUUAGUUACAUCUGAGCCGUGGAUGGCGGAAGUGCACAACAGCUGGUAUAUUUAUUCACAGUCUCUGUCUUUUCUUGUGUCAUCACCUGUGCUUUCAAUAAUCCCCCCCCCCUUUACAGUGUUAAUAUCCCUCUCGGGAGGGUGUCAUCUUCAGCGAUGUUACUGGCAAAGUGGUUCCCCUCUGCAGGAAAAUGGGAUUCCUUUGUUUUUAUAGAUGUGCAAAGCCCUGUAAACAGAAAAUGAAUGCUAAUGUUAAGGGUGGCAGCGAAAGGCAUUAACGUGGUGUGCAUUUGUUCCCGAGAACCAGUAUUUGAAGAGAACGCUACAUUUGCCGUACAGGGUCCUACCAGCACACUCCUUCAUUCAUGACAGCUGUCUUUUGCACACGCUGACCCCCCCCCCCUCCAGUCUGCAUAAAAGAAUUCCUCUCUUCUCUUAGUGGUAAAUUGCUCUUAUUUUUACCCCUGCCUUUGUUUAACUUUUGUCCCAGAAGAUACAGCACUUCAGCUUUCCUGCACUGAUAUUUUCAGCAAAUUCAACAUGUUUUUUAAAAAUAAUUAUUAGUUUUAUUUUUAAGAACCUCUGUAAGCAUGCUGCUGCGUGCAGCAUGUAAGAGCGUGAUGUAUUGUAUGUGGAAGUUACACUGUUAUAGCUUUGGCCAUGAGACUAGUAUUGCUUAACUUUGGAUUCGAACUACUUGAUAAAAAGUGCCACAAGAUGUUUGAAGACAGAAUGGUUCAGGUAAUCCUUUGGCCUCAGUAUGGCCCCGUUACCUAUCUAUGGCUACCCGAUUAAGAAGAUGCAGUGGGUCGUUUUGCUGGUUUCUCAUAUUGCACUGGUUUUCCUUUUCCUUUCAGUUUCGGAGCUAACUGUGACGACUGUCACACCCAUGCUGCAUUUUUAUCAAAACAAAGUUAGCAUCAAACCACGGUUUUGCGAACCUUCUAAGAUCUGGUUUGGCGCUAACUGCAGUUAGUGAAGAUGUGGGGAUGAUGCUGAACUGAUUGGUUCUGAAACUUGGGAAAGGGUGAGGGGAGCAAAUGCCCAAAUGAGCCACAGGGAACUCUCACUUGCCUAAUGGCAAUUGUGUCUGCAGGUGAGCCUACGGCGUGGUGUCCUCGUGCGUCUCUCCUUUUCCUCCUCAGCAUGGAACUUGGUCACUUGAACGUUCUGCGAUCACUGUUUUGACAGGCUUUGAAAGUCAGGCUUGCCAAAGAGAGAGUGGCGCCAUCGUUCCGUCAGUGGCGUCCGACAUUGAAAUCACCAGGGGGGCGGACAAAAGAAAUUACUUGGUAAUCUGAACCGACCUUAUGAAAAAGUGUUACGAGACGUGGCUUGUUACACGCAGUAUAUUUUGAAACCGUUUGCAAUUUAAUUUUAAACCCUCCCUAUGCCUUUUAGAACCCCGCCCUUUCAAGCUAUUUUUAAUAGAGUAUAACAUUUUAAGAGCACAUAGCAGCCUGGAUGCGCACUGCAAGCAAGACUCCACGGCAGUCAACAUGAGUGCGAAAAUGACGCUGAUGCCAAGGCUAUGUAGCUGCAGCAAUAAGACUGUGCUCUUGAAGUCUUCUACAAACGCUCUUAUGGUUUUUUGUUUUGCUUUUAAAUAGACGUCAUUGUUUUGUAGGAAAUGUGUAUAAAAAUAAAUAACUUUAUU